AGUAAUGUCCAGCACCGCCGCUCCAGCUUCCCACAACAGUCAACAGUGUCUCAAAUGGCAGCCCGUUCUCUUCUCUUGCCGAUCAUAAUCAUAAUCAUCACUGGCACCACCAUCAUCUUCACACCACAAACACUCGCAUCACAGCCAGUGAAUCAUCUCUCCUCCAAACGGGCCCCACGUUUCCUUUCCAAACACUCGUACCCAAUCAAAACCCAACUAGAAGAACAGCAACAGUACAGAUACGAGAGCAAGUACUUUUACCAACAACUAGACCACUUCAGCUUCUUAAAUCUUCCGAAAUUCCCUCAACGGUAUCUGAUAAACACCGACCACUGGGCGGGUCCAGAGCGGCGGGGUCCCAUCUUCCUCUACUGUGGAAAUGAAGGGGACAUCGAAUGGUUCGCUGUUAAUACUGGGUUUGUCUGGGAAAUUGCUCCUCUGUUCGGAGCCAUGGUUCUUUUUCCGGAGCACCGGUAUUAUGGGGAGUCGAUGCCGUACGGAAGUAGAGAGGAGGCGUAUAAGAAUGCUUCUACAUUGUCUUAUUUAACUGCUGAGCAAGCGCUUGCUGAUUUCGCUGUUUUGAUUACUGACUUGAAGAGGAAUUUGUCUGCUCAGGCGUGCCCUGUUGUGCUGUUCGGUGGAUCUUAUGGUGGAAUGUUGGCAGCAUGGAUGCGGCUUAAGUAUCCUCACGUAGCAAUUGGUGCACUUGCUUCAUCCGCGCCAAUUCUGCAAUUCGAAGAUAUUGUGCCGCCCGAAACCUUUUAUAACAUUGUGUCCAAUGAUUUUAAGCGUGAAAGCACCAGUUGCUUUAAUACUAUAAAAGAGUCAUGGGAUGCAUUGCUUUCUGAGGGUCUCAAAAAGAAUGGUCUUGUGCAAUUAACCAAAACUUUCCACUUAUGCCGGGAAUUGAAAAGUACAGAAGAUCUAGCCAACUGGUUGGAUUCUGCUUAUAGUUAUUUGGCUAUGGUGGAUUACCCCUAUCCGUCCUCCUUUAUGAUGCCUUUGCCUGGAUACCCGAUUAGAGAGGUUUGCAAAAGGAUUGAUGGUUGUCCUGAUGGGACUAGCAUUUUGGAGAGGAUUUUUGAAGGAAUAAGCAUAUAUUACAAUUAUACUGGGGAAUUGCACUGCUUUGAACUGGAUGAUGAUCCUCAUGGCUUGGAUGGUUGGAACUGGCAGGCUUGCACGGAGAUGGUUAUGCCAAUGUCUAGCAGUCACGAUGCAAGCAUGUUUUCAACAUAUGACUUUAAUUACUCAUCUUACCAAGAGGGAUGCUGGGAGGAAUUUGGAGUUAUUCCAAGGCCUAGAUGGAUAACAAUGGAAUUUGGUGGACAAGAUAUCAAAACUGCCCUGGAAACUUUUGGAAGUAACAUUAUUUUCUCAAAUGGUCUGCUGGAUCCCUGGAGUGGUGGGAGUGUUCUGCAAAACAUAUCAGAAACUGUUGUUGCCCUUGUCACUGAAGAAGGUGCCCAUCACAUUGACUUGCGACCUUCAACACCUGAGGAUCCUGAUUGGUUAGUAGAACAGAGAGAAACAGAAGUCAAGCUGAUUAAAGGGUGGAUAGAUGGCUACCUCAAAGAAAAGAAAACAGCUUUCAGUAUGUAGAGGUUGAGUAGACUGUUGGGGCUAGACCUUAUCUUGUACAUACACAACAUGUAUCUUUAUAGUCUCUGCAUGUUUGGGGUCUACUAAAUGUAAUAAUCAAAUACACUGCUGGAACGUUUCAGUUCCUUCCUCGAAUUCUGGAACCUUUGGUUUAUUGUAGUAUCAGUGCAGGCAAGGUUUACUUCUCCGAAAAGAUACCAAGCUUCAACUCCUG